AUGGCCACAUCCGGUCCAAACCCCGUCCCACCAACACAAAUCCUCACCACACGCUCAAUAUCCCAAUCCGCCGCUCUCGAUUUCCUCAGCGCAUACCUCGACCGCGCCGCCAAUGACCCUUCACUGCAGCCCAGUGCCAUGAUCACAGAACACGGGCCCAUCUCGCGCACAACGGCUGCCGCGCCGAAUCUAACGUUGCACAAUUUAAAACGUGUGCAAGCCGGACUCGCAGGCGAAACGCUAGGGCGUGAUUUAACGUUGAGUACGGGUUCGCCGCCGAAGCCGGAAGAAAAGGAAGAAGCAGAAGAAGGCGGAGCAGAUGGGGUGGCACAGUGGGAGGAUAUGCAGAAAUGGGAAUUGGAAGCAGGCGAAGGGCUGACGAAAGAUCGCUCUGCGGAUUUCACGAAUACUACUGAGGCGCAAGUGGAGGUUGACCAAGAUGGCAUGCCGGUCGAUGCACCCAUUGAUAAAGAGGAACGCAAGCGAAGGAAGAAGGAGAGGAAGCAGUUGGAGAAAAAGGCAAGACAGCAACGAGAAAGAGAGGCAGGAGAGGAAGAUUUGGAGAAAAGCGAGUGA